AUGGCACCCUCGGAGGCCAAGUUUGAUUUCUUAACCUUUGUCGGGAUUUUGGUGCCAAAGGUGCGUCAGCGACUGACUGAGUUGCAAAGCACUAAAAUCAUGCGAUAUUUCUGCAAUUUUGACCGGGAAGGCACUGGGGUGGUGUCCGUAUAUAAAUGCAUUGAGAUUGCGCGAUGCUUGAGAAUGGACCAACUCCAUAUGAUCGAUGCUUUGAAAGAGCAAGGCUUUGAAGAAGAACCUGGCGUAUUAGUUGACUUUGAUUCCUUCGAACGAGCAGUCAUGAGUUGCAGGGAGCGAACCAAUCGCCAGCUCAGAGAACGUGAGAUUGACAUCCUGACGGAGAUGAAGGUAAGACCAGACCUUUUUGAGCAAUGUAGAGACAACAUAGCUCAGGUCUAUGAGAUCUUCCGAAAAUUCUCGGGUGAUGCAGGAUCAAUCGGUGUGGUUACAGCCAAUGAUGCGUUCCUUUCGGUUUAUGAGCUCGGGAUGAUGCCCCGCGAAGGGUGGCAGAGAGACAACAUCAAGAGCCUUUUAGUUCCGGAAGAUGCGGAAGACAUCGUCUACAUGCAGACGGAAUUGAACUUCGAGGAGUUCCUCGAAUUUUUGAGAUGCGUUCGGGAAUACAACGAUGAGCAGCGGCUGGAAGAGCUCAUGGAAAGGUUCCAGCGCCUGGACAAGGAUCGCAAUGGCGUUUUGGACAUGAAAGAACUCCACGCUCUCCUUGAGGAAGCUCAAUGCUGCCCGCGCACCCGCAAGGAGCAAGAGGAAGUACAGCAACUUAUCCAAUCAGUAGAUGCUGAUGGAAACAACGUCAUCGAUUUUGAUGAGUUUAAGGAACUCGUCCAGCGGAUCGACGAGAAGUUUGCCAGCUUACGCCUUCUAUUUGCAUUUCAAUCAGUUUGUUUUGAGUUUGGAGGGACGAAUAGUAUUCAGACGCACCAGCGUGUGCUUGCCGAACAUGGCAGGUAUGCCCUUGCACGUGGCUUCACGGAGACUGAGUUGGGGAGUUUUCGGGCGAUCUUUGAGCACUUGGACGCUGACAACUCUGGCCAGUUAGACAUGGCCGAGGUUCGGCAAUGCCUCAGCAUCAUGCAGCACAAUUCCACGUGGCAGGCCUUCGAGCAGACCUGGAUCUUGCUUGACAAAGAUGCCUCAGGAACUCUCGAGUUCGAAGAGUUUAUUGACUUCAUGAGGCUGAUGAGGGAUGGCGAAGGUGUUUUCGCAAUGGAUAACGGCCAGAAGCUGCCAUCACAUGUCAAGAAGUUGGACGAGCGGACGCUUCGAUCUGUUUUGGGGCACUAUGGACUUUCCAAGUCAUAUCUUUGGGCUUUAGACAAGGUUGUAGAUUGCAAGCUCGAGCCCUUGAACACUGCCAACACAUGGCAGUCAUGA